AUGUCGGAGGGACAGAGACGGCCGCCUCCUGGAAAAUCCUUCCCUUUCUUGCGCAAAGGUGCAGGUCAGAAAACAAAGAUAGAAUAUCCCGUUAUGAAGAGAUCAACAAGCAUUCCACGAUCGCAGACACGGCGCAAUUAUGAGCAGUCGCUGAAUGGUGCUGGCGAGACUGAGUUUCGAGAUCAGGAAGAUGGUAACCUUCAACAACUACGUACAAAAGUUAUUAAAGACCUCGACUGGCAGACGCCAUCUCUCCCAAGAACUGUUCGGACAGCAGACAGUGGAUUUCACCAAGAAGGCGAAAACUUGGUCAAUGAUGGUGAGAGCCCUUCAACAUCUUCUUCGACAAGUCACUCCGAUUCCCGUACUCCAUCAUCUGUUGCUCAAACAAACAUUGAUCUCCGCAAAGGGAAGGUUCUUCCUGUUCAGCAGUGGGCUCGGAGAAAGAAUUAUUCCUUUUCUGGUCCAGCGGUAGCGUCUCCAUCGCCGAUGCUUGCUAGCACUCCUCAGCCAGGAUCUGAAAUGGAUUCGCCCAGGUCUCCAGAACCAGUUCCUGCUUUGGAGACUCCUAUCCUUGGCGACGUGACCAAUGUUCAUGACUCACCCGAGUCAGAUGAACGGGAUGGAAAUGGUGCUAAUCAGUUUCUGCUCUCACAGGAAAACCAAAUACCUCGCCCGGUAGACCGGCAAGUUCGAAACCAUGCAUCACGUCAUCCUCGAAACGACCAGGUAAGAACGACUCGAUUUACAAUUACGAUGACAGUGCUGACUUGUUUUCUGGAGACCACUAAUUUCUAG